CACCCGGAAGGGGACGUCGGUGGUCAUGCGCAUGGAAGUCCACGUGUUCGCCUCACUCCUCAACAACAGUCUCUCCCGGUGUCUCAGAUAUGAAUGUAGAGAUGGGAGAAAUAGCAGAAAAAGAAAAAGUGCGACCUAAAGUAAAAGAUGCGAAGGGUAUCCUCCAGCAGAACAGAGAGUUCCUGGAUUUCUUUUGGGACAUUGCUAAACCUGACCAAGAGAUACGACUGAGCGCAAUAGAAAAUCUGAUACAAUAUCUACAGAAGAGCGAGCAGCCAGAUGAGUUGGAGUACUCCGUGCAGAGACUGGUGGACGGGCUGUCCCACACCAGAGAGGUGGCCCGCCCCGGGUUCAGCCUGGCUCUGGGACAGCUGCUGAUGGCGUUUGGGGACAUCCCGCUGCAGAGCCUUCUGGACAGGAUCAAACAGAAACACAACCUCCAGAACACCAAAAAGAAACUCGUCCGAAAUGCUCUGUUUGGCAACUUCUUCGGGGUUCUGGCCCUCUCCCAGUCCAACCGCCUCUCCAAGGAAUCCAAAGUGGUGCUGGGAUGUAUCAAGCUGCUCCAGACCCUGUCUCAGCACAGAGAUCACCUGAAGGACCUGCCCACCAAGACCAUGAUGGACAUCCUCUCCGACACCCCGGAGGAGGUGUUUGAGGAGGUUCUGAAAGGGGCGUUGAAGACGGAGCUGUCUUCAGCCUUCAGAACCCCAGAGCAGCUGCACCUGCUGCUGGUUGCCAUGCAACGCUUUCCCAGAUCCUUCACCCCCAAGAACCUGACCAAACUGCUGGGCUCCUCGGCUGUGAUCACCGCAGACAACGUCCAGAAGUUAUCAGAGCUGUUGAAAACGGCAGCGUUCUCCGUGAAGAAGGACUGCACCCUGCCCACCGUGGCGGUGGACCUGCUGAAGCUGUCUCUGACGGAGGGAAGCUUCACGCUCUUCUGGACCAAGGUCAUCGUGGGAGGCAUGCUCCGGGAGCAGCAGGGGCCCACGCACUACCUGGCCUACCGUCUGCUGGGCACUGCGCUGCCCCUCCUGUCGUUGGAGCAGCUGGAGGAAGUGCUGUCCGGGGACGUGAUGAGACACUAUGGGGAGCAUGUGACCUCUGCCCAGAAACCAGGGCGCUUCCAGCUAGCCCCUGAGAUGGAGACGUACGUGACGGACUUCCUGCAGGGGACCCAGGACCCAGACAAGCAGCUGGCGGUGGUGGUGGGCUUCUCCAAGGUCACCAACUGGGGGAACCCCGUGGUGGCGUCGUCGUGGCGCGCCGUGCAGCACCUGGGCGCCCCGGCGCUGCGGCGCUACGUGUGCUGGCUGAAGACCUCCUUCCUGGCGCCCGCGCUGGACGCCGGCCUGGAGUUCAGCACGCGCAAGCAGAAGACGGCCGCGGCCGAGAAGACGCAGAAGGAGAACCAACACAUGCGUCUGAGGAAGUGGCUGGUGGCCCGUCUCAUUUCCCUGGUAGAGAACCACAGCGUGAAGAAGGACGAGGACCUGGUCAUGGACGUAGCAAGGUUUGUGUUCUUCCACGCGUUCUUCGUGGCUAAGAAGGCGACCUCAGACAUCCCGGAGACCGAGGCCAAGCUCUCUGUGCCGCUGGACGAGAGCACCAGAGCAACCCUCGUCGGAGGAUUCUUCGGCCUCCUGCACACCAUGCACCACCUGCCGCUGCUCGGGGAGCCCGCCGAGCCCGUCCCCGCCGAGCCCGUCUCCGGCGGGCGCCGGGUCCAGGGGGUCACCGCAGACGGCUCCAUGUGGAUCCACUGCCUGGUGCAGUACGCCGACGCCCUGCUCAACAAGCCCAAGCACGUCCAGAGUGCCCUGCCCUUCAGUCCGGAGCAGAGGACGGCCUGGGACGGUAUGAACGUCUCUGUGGCUUCUCUGAUGAAGAAGGCCAAGAAGGAAGCCAGUCCGGAGAUCCACUCCUUCCAGCAGCUGCUGAUGCUGGUGGGCUUCCACCUCUUCAAGAACCCGGAGGAGUUGGUGGACAUCCUGCAGGACAUCCAGAGCUGCAUUAAGAAAGCCCAGGAGAAGAAGAAGAAGAGGAAGAGUCAAGCUAAAGAGGAGCUGGAGCCCCACUGGGCCGAGGUGGUGGUGGACAUUCUGCUGUCUCUGCUGUCCCAGUCCAGCCGCCACAUCAGACAGGUCUGCAAGACGGUGUUCGCCUCCAUCUGCCCCCACGUCACCGCCGCCUCGCUCACCGUCAUCCUGGAGUUGCUGGACACAGAUAAGGAUGAUGCUUUGGUCGUCACCGACCAGGAUCCAACCAAGCAGGAGGGUGAAGACCAGGAGAUGAAGGACGGGGAGAACGAGUCAUCUGAUGAAGAUGAGGAGGAAGAGGAGGACGAGGAGGAGGAGGAGGACGACGAUGAGGAUGAUGUUGAUGAUGACGAAGAAGAAGAGGCUAUGGUUGAAGGGGAGGUGGACCCAAACUUCCGCCUGGAGCUGAUGAAAGUUCUCCAACAGCAGAAUGCCCUGGCUACAGAGGAGGACGUGAGCGACGAAGAAGACCUGGACGAUGAGGCCAUGAUGUCGCUGGACGCCGGCCUGGCGGCACUCUUCUCGGAGCAGAAGAAGAAGAUGGAGGCCAAGAGGGAGCAGAAGUUCAAAGUGACCAAGGAGAGAACGCUCAUCAUCGAAUUCAAGAUGAAGGUGCUGGACCUCCUGGAGGUGUUUGUGAGCAAGCAGGCGGGCAGCCCCCUGGUGCUGGGCCUGGUGGAGCCCCUGCUGGGGGUCCUGGAGAGGAGCCAUGGCUCGGACCGCCACCAGCAGGACCAGGACUUCCUUCGCAGGGUGGCGGACAUCUUCAGGAACCAGCUGUGCAGGUCCAAGGUGUACUGCAAGACCGCGGGCGACAGGCAGGCGGAGCUCCACGACCUCCUCGAGAAGCUGGUCCACAAAGCCCAGAAGCACACCGACUCGUCGGUCUCGCUCUACUUCUUCAGCGCCUCUCUCUACCUGGUGAAGGUGUUAAGGGGAGGACUUCCGUCGGCUGAGACCACCGAGGGGAAGACCCCUGAGGCGCCCUCAAGCCAAGACCUGCAGUCCUUGGGGAGCGUGGAGGUGGAGCGCGUGUCGGCCCUCUUCAGAGAGGCCCUGUGCUCCCUCAUGACCAGGAGAAACAGCCCUCUCACCGGACAGAUGUUCGUCGACCUCUGCAACAGAUUCCCAGCUCUGGGCGUCAACAUACUGGACACUGCGGUACAGAACAUCACGGCUGGAGUUCGAGAACAUCAGCAGGGCCAGGCCUGCAUGAUGGUGCUGCGGAUGGUGCAGAACAGAGACGUGCAGCAGCUGCUGGCGGGCCAGCCCUGGCUGGAGCUGUGCGUGAAGCUGGUGGAGCAGCUGGUGGCGACUCUGAAGGAGGUGGGGGAGUGCCAGAGCAAGGUGUCCCAGGAGAAGCUGGCCAAAGCCCUGGAGCUCUGCCAGUUCCUGCUGAAGAACAUCAAGACAAAGAACCCGUCGGUGAGCGUGGGCCCCCUGCAGGUGGUGCUGGGGUCCCUGGCUGAGGCCAUCAGCCUCAAGAAGACGGGAGGCCUGGAUGACACCUACUGGGCCGUCAUGAAGCACUUUGGAGUGAUACGGCCCAAGGUGGAGAAGGUGAAGAAGCCCGAGGAGCCGGCCGCGCCGCAGGCCACCUCGCUGCCCAAGAAGAAAGGCUUCCUGCCCGAGUCCAAGAAGAGGAAGAACCGCAACAAGCAGGGGGAGAAGGAGGGCGAGGCAGCCCCGACGGCCGCCGUGGCCCCCGGGGACAAGGGCCCGUCCAAGAAGAAGAACAAGAGGAAACCCAAGAGGAAGCACACCGACGAGGGAGCCAGCCCUGCCAAGAAGGCCAAGCCCCAGUCCGGGAACAAACCGGGCGCCAACAAAAAGAGCAAGAAGCAGGGAGCCGGAGCCGAUUGAGGCCCCGUGGCCGGUCGGGGCCCCCCCCGUCAGACCUGUGCUCCAAGGACAAUGCGAGACCUCUGCUUGUUGUAGUUGAUGCUGUGAGACGCUUCAGGCUCCUUUACCAUCGAUCAGAGUCUUUGUGCUCACUAUACGGUCACUCUUUACAUGUUGUGGGCUACAAAGCUACGAACCAGUUUUUAUAAAAUAUAUGAAAUUUGUUUCUCUGUCAAACAUUACAAUUAAAACCGGAAUUUAGUGUUUUGACAAGAUUGUCCCCCGGAUUGUAUUUUAGAUACGAUGUGUAACUGUUUGUCUGUUGGGCCGAUGGCCUCAUCUCCAGCUAUCUGACCAUUGUGAGAAUGAUUAAACAGGUUUACCUUGUACAGUG